CGGGCCCUGGCCCUCCUCUUGGGCCGGACCAAGGCGGAGGGAGGCAGGCUGGGUAGCUCGGCUUCCCUUUCCCUGCUCCUCCUCGCCAAGCCCAGCCAAGCAAGCCCAGCCGCCGCCGCCAUGGCCCAAGCAGACAUCGCCUUGAUCGGACUGGCCGUCAUGGGCCAGAACUUGAUCCUGAACAUGAACGACCAUGGAUUUGUGGUCUGUGCAUUUAACAGGACUGUAUCCAAGGUAGAUGAUUUCCUGACAAAUGAGGCCAAAGGAACCAAAGUGAUCGGGGCUCAUUCCUUGGAAGAAAUGGUCUCAAAGCUGAAGAAACCCCGGCGGAUCAUCCUUCUGGUGAAGGCAGGAAGCGCUGUGGACGACUUCAUCAACAAAUUGGUGCCUCUGUUGAGUGCUGGAGAUAUCAUUAUUGAUGGAGGAAACUCUGAGUACAGGGACAGCACGCGACGCUGCAAGGACCUCAAAGAGAAAUGCAUCUUGUUUGUUGGAAGUGGAGUUAGCGGUGGUGAAGAAGGGGCCAGGUAUGGUCCUUCACUCAUGCCUGGUGGAGCCAAAGAAGCAUGGCCUCACAUCAAGACAAUAUUUCAGAGCAUUGCUGCCAAAGUAGGGACUGGAGAACCCUGUUGCGACUGGGUAGGAGAUGAGGGGGCCGGACACUUUGUGAAGAUGGUGCAUAAUGGAAUCGAGUAUGGAGACAUGCAGCUGAUCUGUGAGGCUUACCAUCUCAUGAAAGACGUGUUGGGUAUGGACCACGAUGAGAUGGCCAAGGUAUUUGAGGACUGGAAUAAGACAGAACUGGACUCCUUCCUGAUUGAAAUCACCGCCAACAUCUUGAAGUACCGCGAUGCUGACGGAAAGCACCUGCUCCCCAAAAUCAGGGACAGCGCUGGCCAGAAGGGCACCGGGAAGUGGACUGCCAUCUCAGCACUGGAGUAUGGAGUCCCCGUCACUCUCAUUGGAGAGGCUGUCUUUGCCCGAUGCCUGUCUUCCCUCAAAGAGGAACGCAUACAAGCAAGCAAGCUGUUGAGUGGGCCCAAAGUGACUCCGUUCAGUGGGAACAAAGCCACGUUUCUGGAGGACAUCCGCAAAGCCCUCUAUGCUUCCAAAAUCAUCUCCUACACGCAAGGUUUCAUGUUGCUUAGGCAAGCGGCCAAAGAGUUCGGCUGGACCCUGAACUACGGUGCCAUAGCUCUGAUGUGGCGGGGAGGCUGCAUUAUCCGAAGCGUGUUCCUGGGGAAAAUCAAAGAAGCUUUUGACAGAAAUCCUGACCUGCAGAACCUCUUGUUGGAUGGAUUCUUUAAGACAGCAGUGGAGAAUUGUCAGGACUCGUGGCGACGUGCCAUCAGCAGUGGGGUCCAGGCGGGCAUCCCCAUGCCAUGCUUCACCACAGCGCUUUCUUUCUAUGAUGGGUACAGGCAUGGCACUUUGCCAGCCAACCUGAUCCAGGCUCAACGGGAUUAUUUUGGGGCCCACACCUACGAACUCUUGUCGAAACCGGGCGAAUUCAUCCAUACCAACUGGACGGGGCACGGCGGCACCGUCUCCUCUUCCUCCUACAACGCCUAGGUUCGAGAACGCCAGACCCGGCGCUCGGAAAUGCUAUAGAGCAAACACAUUCCUUCUCCGAUGGUGAUUCUCUUUUGCACUUUCCUAGAUGUAAAUGUAUUGGGCUUUUCUCUCUUGAUUUUUGGAAGACACGGUUGUCUCUUGUGAGAGCCAGAAUUAAAAAUGUUUAAAAACCUGG